AUGGCUGUGUCACCUGCUGUGCCGACGAAACUUCGGCCUGCCACCACACAAGAUGCCUCUCAAGUCUCAAAACUAGGCGCACUGGUAUUUAGCACAACGUUUGGGCAUUCAGUGACGCCCGCUCAACUUCAGUCCUAUCUCGAGGAAUCAUACAGCAUAGAAGCCACCAUCAAGGACAUCACCGACCCCAACAAAGAUAUGGUUGUUGCGGAGACUGAGGAAGGUGCCGUGGUUGGAUUUGCCCUCCUCACGCGCGGAAGCAGCGAGCCAUGCGUCGAAAACAUCUCAGAUACGGUCGAGCUGCAGCGCAUCUACGUGGACACCUCGUGCCACGGAACCGGCCUUGGCAAGCGAUUGGCUCUCGAGUUGGAGAGAAUGGCGAGGGAACAGGGGUUCAAGCACAUCUGGCUUGGCGUUUGGGAGGAUAACCACAUUGCCCAGAAAUUUUACGAGCGACUCGGCUACAAGGUCAUUGGGGAUCACGAUUUCGAUAUUGGAGGAGAUAUCCAAACAGAUCACAUUAUGAUCAAGGACUUAUGA